AUGCCUCCCAAAAAGUCCACUACACCCGCCAAAAAGCCCGUCUCGGGCCUGACUCGCAUCUACCUGUUCCUGUACAACUUGAUCAGCUUCGGCCUUUGGGCAUCCUGUACCUUGCGCACCGCAUUACUACUCCCAGAACAACUGCAAAAUGGCUUCAACACCAACACCAUCUCCGCCAUCUUCGCACAGGUCUUCCCGCUCCUCGCACUCACCCAAUCCCUCGCCGCCCUCGAAAUUCUGCACUCCUUAAUCGGCCUCGUUCGCGCCCCUGUCGUGACCACUGCGAUGCAAGUCGCAUCCCGGUUCCUGGUUGUUUGGGGCGUCAUGUUCACGUUCCAUGAGGGCGCGGAGUACGUUGCCUCCGUGCCUUCUGGGGCAGGGAUCCUAGGAAACGAGGGCGUUACUCAGUACGGCGAUUAUGCGUUUCUGGGGUGUAUGUUUGCAUGGGGAAUUACAGAAUGUAUCCGCUACGGGUUCUUUGCCAUGCAGUUGGCUGGUGUGGGUGUUCCGGGGUUUUGGCUGUGGUUGAGAUAUAAUACUUUCUUCGUCCUCUACCCGAUUGGGAUCUCAUCAGAGUGCGUCCUGAUAUACCUGGGUCUCGAGCCGGCUGGUCAGUUUGUUAGCGAGUACUACAAGUACUUCUUGAUUGCGAUGUUGGGGGUUUAUGUUCCUGGGAGUUAUAUUCUCUACACGCAUAUGAUGACCCAGAGAAGGAAGGUGAUGAGAGGAAAGAGCCGUGUUGAUUAG